GGCGGGCGGCGGCAGGAGCGGCAGGAGGAGGAGGCGCCGCGGCGGUUUGGUACCGAGCGGAGAGGGAGAUGCACACGGCACUCGAGUGAGGAAACAGAAAUGAAGGUACACGUGCACACAAAAUUUUGCAUCAUUUGUUUGCUGACAUUUAUCUUUCAUCAGUGCAAUCAUUGCCAUGUAGAUGGACAUGACCAAGGACCACGUGUACACUGCCAUAGUGACUAUCAGAUCUCAAACGAAUCCUACUUGCAGAAUGGAGGAACAGAAUCUAUGCCAAGUAAAUUUUCAACGUUGGAAGCUGAAAAUGAACAAAAAUACUACAUUGAAAAGAUUUUUGAUCGUUAUGGGGAAAAUGGAAGACUAUCCUUUUUUGGCCUGGAAAAACUGUUAAUAAGCCUUGGUUUAGGAGAGGUAAAAGUAGUGAUGAUAAAUCAUGAUGAUAUUGGCCAUGACCAUGUUUCUCACUUAUAUGCUUUAGAGGUUCAGGAAGGAAAGCAUUCUCACUCUCAUAACCAUCCUCACAGCCACUCAGAUUCAGAAAACCAAACCACGGUUGGUAUGGCUGCAAGGAGAAGUCAUAAAUGUGACCCUGAGAGAGAGACAGCAGUACCAUCAGUGAAAGAUGAUGGCAGACACAGUCAUGACCAGGGUCACCAUCACCGUCGUCAUCCUCGUCUACAUCAUCAUGACCAUAAUGGUACACAUCACUCUCGUAAUGAUUCGGUUAGUCAUAGUGAACAUGGAGAACAAAACCAUGAACCUUCAACAGAGACAAACACAACUCAGGAUCAGCCAGAAAGGAAACAACGGAAACAGAAGAAGAAGCAAAAGAAGAUCAGUGAGACUUCAGGAGAUGCUACACGGGAUUAUGCCCCAGAUCAUGAUCCAAGUGAUCAGUAUGAGCACAAUCGUGUUCAUAAACAUGAUGCGUCUCACUUGCAUGGACACCAUCAUGAACACAGUAGUGAUCAUUCUACUGGUCAUGGACAUCAAGAUUCCAGUUUAGGUAAUGCAAAUGGACACCACCACACCAGCAAGCGGGAGGCAUCUCAUAACCAGAUUAGUGUAAGAAAACAUGCUAUUUUUUCAACGCGUAGUCAUAAGGAUCAUAAUGAAGAUGAACGUGAGCGUGAAGAGUGCUUAAAUGUUACCCAGCUGCUACGGUACUAUGGUCUGGAAACCAGCUCUCCAAUAUCUCCUGAAUUGUUUAUACACUUGUGUCCUGCUUUGCUGUACCAGAUUGAGAGAAGGCUUUGCAUUGUGCAUUACGACGAGCUGGAAGAUUUUAUGAGAAGUAGAAAUGCAUCAGUUGAGAAUAACGAUAAAACAGGUGCAUCAGCCUGGUUUUGUGGUAUCAUCUCUAUCACCGUCAUUAGCCUGCUUUCCUUGCUAGGUGUGAUCUUGAUUCCCAUCAUUAACCAAUGGUGCUUCAAAUUUCUUCUAACUUUCUUGGUAGCUCUGGCUGUAGGAACAAUGAGUGGAGACGCACUGCUCCACCUGUUGCCACAUUCACAUGGAGGCCACAACCACAGUCACCACCAUGGCCAAGGUCAUGUUCAUGAACACAAGCGGUCUCACCGACAUGCCCACGGACAUGGAGUAGGGACUGAAGGGUUUCUAGAAGAAAAUGAUCCUGUGCUAAAAGGACUUGUGGCACUUGGAGGCAUUUAUGUUUUGUUUAUCAUUGAACAUUGUAUAAGAAUGUACAAGCAUUACAAUAAACAAAAGAGUAAGCAGAAAUGGUGCAAAAAAAAACAGACUGAAGAAUCAGCAAUUGGAAGGAAACUUUCUGAUCACAAAUUAAAUAAUAGACCAGAUGCAGACUGGCUUCAGCUCAAACCCCUUGCAGGAGCAGAUGACUCGGUUCUCUCUGAAGAUCGACUCAAUGAAACUGAACUAACUGAUUUAGAUGGACAACUGGAAUCCCCUCCCAAAAACUUCUUGACUGUAGAGGAGAACAUCAAUAUGCACCAUUCUCACAAUGAUGUCUCACAUGCUGCUCAAGGGCAUGAUCUUCAUGAUUCAGAGUAUGACAGCCAUGGCGAAGAUAAAAUGAUAGCUAGAAAACACAGUCACCACUGGCAUCACAAACAUUCCCAUCAUUCCCAUGGCCACUGUAAUUCUGGAAAAGACCUGAAAGAUACUGGGAUAGCUAAUAUUGCUUGGAUGGUAAUUAUGGGAGAUGGCAUUCACAACUUCAGUGAUGGCUUAGCAAUCGGAGCAGCUUUUAGUGCUGGACUGACAGGAGGAAUUAGUACAUCUAUAGCAGUAUUUUGUCAUGAGCUUCCCCAUGAAUUAGGUGACUUUGCUGUGCUUCUUAAAGCAGGGAUGACAGUAAAGCAAGCUAUUGUGUACAACGUCCUGUCUGCCAUGAUGGCGUACGUGGGGAUGCUGAUAGGCACAGCGGUGGGACAGUAUGCUAAUAACAUCACCUUGUGGAUCUUUGCCAUCACUGCAGGCAUGUUCCUCUAUGUGGCGUUGGUUGACAUGCUUCCAGAAAUGCUUCAUGGAGAUGGAGAUAAUGAAGAGCAUGGUUAUUGUCCCGUGGGGCAGUUCAUUCUUCAGAACCUAGGCCUGCUUCUUGGCUUUGCCAUCAUGCUGGUGAUUGCCCUCUAUGAAGAUAAAAUUGUGCUUGACAUCCAGUUUUGACUUAAUUCUGGUAAUCACUGUGGUUACAAUAAUGUUACUGUAUGGCUUUGAGUCUGCACUGUUUCACUGUAUGCACAUUGCUCAGAGGAAAAGCAGUGGCUUGCACUACUUACACAAGUACAGUAUAUUCAUUUCUGUUCCAAUUAACUUCUGCUUUUUUUUCUAAUUUAAAUCAGAUGACAUUACCCAGUGCAUCUUCUAAAGUCACGUAACUGACAGUUAGGAAAUACCAAAUACGAGAAAUCAAUGCCAAGGUCAGUCUUCUAUACAGGAAGCACUGCUUGCUUAAGAAAGAGAAAUACAGCAAAUGAUCUGCUUAUUUGGGAAAAUACUGUUUAAUUAGUAUUUUUAACAGAACCCAGAAAAUGUUACAACUGAAACUUAUACCUCUGCAAGGAGCCUGAGUAAGCUUUUAUAACAACCUAAGUCUUAAGUAGCAUGUAUAUAUAUCUAUAUAUAUGUACAGGUAUAUACUAGGAGAGGUAUAUAGAUAUAUAUAGAUAUGCAUGCAUAUAUAUAUAUAUAUAUGUGUGUGUGUGUGUAUAUAUAUAUAUAUAUAUUUAUUCAUUCUGUGCUGACUCUUCUGCAUAGUGGUGACUUUAAGUAUUAAAUGUUACAAUUGCACCUGACUGGAAACCACUCUGCUGGUUUAAAUUUUAAAAAAGAAACCCAAAACAUAAAUAAUGUUUAAAUACUUAGAGGGUGCUUUAAGCUGCACUCUGAACUUCCCAUGUGAGAAGGGCAGGUUGUUGCAACACACACUGCAAAGUGCCAUGUUCUGUCAAGGAUCAGUUUGACAGUGUUCUCCUGACCAGGAUUUAUUUGAUAUUUGUUCCUUGAUAUAAGUAGGAAAAAUGCAAAAUGCAGUAGAAAAGUAGUGUAAACUUGGGGAAAUCCCUGAUGUCGGAGUUAUUGAGCUAUUUCUGGUUCUUUUUUAUAGAUGCUAAACAUGUAUUGCGUGCCACUUGCAGCAUAAACUACUGAAGAAUUGUGGCUGUGAAUUUGUGCAAACUCUUAACAGGCAAUCCAUAUGGGAAUUCCUCCAUUUUUAAACAAAUAUUUGGGAAUGUUUUCUCUUCUUCGUGUUAAAACAAUCCAAAGUGCAAGAUGCUGGUUAUUGAACCUGGGCACAAAGGUUAAAUUAUGCUCUGUGUAUGUAGUACUAGUAGGUUAUUUACAAGACAGUUAGAUCAAAAUCUGUUCCUACAAUGCCUUGAUACCAGACAUUGUAGCACCAGCCAUUUCUGGCAGUAGAGUAUGUAAGCAGACUUCUACUUCCAGCAUAAAGGAGUUCAUUUCUAUGAUAUUUUUUUACGAUUUUGGUAUUUAAAUUAGAUUAUUAAAAAGCAGAUCUGAUAGAUCCAUGGUAUGUGUAAUUUGGAAGGAUAGACUGAAAAUUUGGGCCUUAACUUGCUGGAAUCAGCUGUCCUAGAUGGGACUGUGCUGAUACACUUGUAUUGCCAGACAUGAGUUAGCUCUUCUUGUACCCAUCUCCUUAAAAAAGUUGUGAGUUUGUGGGGAGUGCAAGUUGGUCUGUAGUACCACUCCUAAGCAUGGUAGUAGCCUUCUUUAAAACAUACAGUUCGUCUUCUUUUAUGUGUAUGCCAGGUAAAAGCUGUAUUUUGACUCUGUGCCGUAGGAUUUGUUUGGGUCUGCUUGGUGCCAGUGUAGCUGCUAAAAACACUGAUCCUAACGCCUUUAAUGCGAGCCAGUUGGUAUUUGCAUUCCAUUUCAAGUUAAUGUGUGUGUCCUGUGGCCCCUUCCUUUUUGAAGCUUUGUUGGCCAAUUUCAUUUUCCUGGUUGGCUGUUGCCAGUAUUUCUUCCUAGCGCAGAACGAAGACACAGUAUUAAGGGUCCAUUUCAAAGGGCGCCGUUUCUUCAGUGAAGAAGCCAAAAGCCCAGAGUUCAGGCAUGUGGCCAUUGGAUGCUCUGAACUCAGGUUUUCUUUUUUCUUCUUAAAACACGUUUACUGUGGCUGGGACCCUAAUUAGCCAACACACUUGUUGUUAGCUUCUGAUUACUGAAUUUCUGCAGUGUGAAGAUCCUGCGUUGUGUUUUUUCCCAGUGCCCAUGUUAGGUCACUGAGUACCAUUUUCAAAGAGACUUAACUCACUGGAUGCUUUCUGAGGAUCUAAGUUUAAAUAACCUACGUUUCUUACAUAUUAAACUGACCCUUAACGUUCCUUUUCUGUUAAUUCUGUUGCGAAUAUGGGGGUCCUUAUGUGGUUGGACUGAUAUUUUGUCAAGUCAUUUUUAAAAACUGAUUUAUUUUUAUUCUUUUCAAAGGAAGAUUUCUGUAUUUCGGGUAGUAUAUUUACUUUUGUAUUAGUUGGAAUAUGGUUAUAGUUAAAUACACUGCCUCUAUAGGGAAACAGUUAACCUCCUUCCAAGACCAUCUUCAGACAAGGGAAAAACAUGGUCCUUGAAGGUAGGUACUGUAUUUUUCAUUAAAUGUGGGUUGUUUCCUUUUAUUUUUUAGUAUUUAUUACAAGUUAUGAAGGGCAGUGUAACAGUGGUGACUUUCUCUGUUAUGUUUCCACUAGUAUUGAAUUCCAGAUGAUUCUAAUGUACACUUUUGAGUCCUGUUACAGACAAUCUGAAUUCCACUACAUUUCUACUUAGCUUCAACAUUCCAUUCUGCUUGAAUCCAGAGUCUCAUUUAUCGUGUAUUUGUUGGAGGGCAUAAAUGUUACUUGUAUAUUACAAUGCUGUCACUGUGUGACAUCCCAUAUGAGUUUUGAUGUAGAUCACAUUGCACUCAAUCCGCUGUGAUUAUACGUAGAAAAUACUGUAGUUGCUAGAUGCAGUGUGAUUUUUUUGUUGUUUUGUUUUUCUUUCCCCUCCCAUUAACAGUUGAGUCUAUGGUUUAAAAUGUGAUUAGGGUCCUAUAAGAUAACUUGCUGAGCUAUUGUCUUUUUGUUAUAACUAAAUAAUUUUUUAAAAUUUUAUAAAGCUGGAAAUGAUCAAAUGCUGUUUUGUUCAUUGUCAACAGUGUUGUGUUCAUUUUAUCUAUGUUCCUUAUAAAUAAGGAGCCUUCAGAAAAUAAAAUUAUUCAAGGAGCAGA